GGUAGGUGUCUAAUCUCCUUCCCCACUUCUCGGAGCAGAGCGGCAGGAUUCAAAGACCCAGAGCUCAGGCCUAGGCUUCCUCUGAGGCAGAAGAGACAGGCGGCCCCCUCUUCUCUCAUCAGAACCUUGCGUCCAAGGAGGUCCUUAAGGAGACUUCUGGGAUGAGUGGCACUUCCCUAAAACUGACUCAUGGACAUUAAACAUCAUGAGAAUGGGGCAAGAGGGCAAAGAAGAAAACAGCCUCAUACCACGGUACAGAGGCUCCUGAGCUGGGGGCUGCCAGUCUCCUGCAGCCAGUUCCUGUGGCGCCAGCCGGGCGAGUUUCCUGUCACUGCUUUCCUGCUAGGGGCAGGCACUGGGGGGCUCCUGGCCAUAGGUCUCUUUCAGCUCCUGGUGAACCCCAUGAACAUCUAUGAAGAGCAGAAGAUGAUGUUUUUGUACAGCUUGGUGGGCUUGGGGGCCAUGGGCUGGGGGACCUCCCCUCACAUCCGCUGUGCCAGCCUCCUGCUAGUACCCAAGAUGCUUGGCAAGGAAGGCAGGCUCUUUGUCUCGGGAUACGCCUUGGUUGCCAUCUAUAUGGGGCCAGUGGCCAAUCUCCGGCACAAUCUCAACGACGUGAUCGCAUCGCUGGGCUGCACCGUGGAGCUGCAGAUCAACAACACCCGAGCAGCUUGGCGCGUCUCCACCGCCCCCCUGCGGGCCGUGUUCAAGGACCUACUGAGCAGCAAAGAAUUGCUGAGAGCAGAGGCUCAGAACAUCUCCACCACCUUCAAGGACUUGGAUGCCCAGGUGAAUAGUGAGACAGGCUACACACCUGAGGAGGCCGUGGACUCAGGACAGACAGCCCAGGGCAGGGAGGCCCGCCAAGCCCCAGCCUCCAGACUCCACCUGUCAACACAGAAGAUGUAUGAGCUGAAGACCAAGCUGCGCUGCUCCUAUGUGGUGAUCCAGGCCAUACUCAGCUGCCGUCGUUGGUUUGACCGCAAGCAUGAGCAGUGCAUGAAGCACAUCAGGGUCCCACUCCUCACCCACCUGCUCUGCCUGCCUAUGAAGUUCAAGUUCUUCUGUGGCAUUGCCAAGGUGAUGGAGGUUUGGUGCCGCAAUCGCAUCCCCGUGGAAGGCAACUUUGGGCAGACCUAUGACUCCCUCAACCAGUCUAUUCAUGGCCUGGAUGGGGAAUUUUCAGCCAAUAUUGACCUUAAGGAAGAGAAGCAGGCUGGAGUGCUGGGCCUCAACACGAGCUGGGAGCACGUGAGCACCGAGGUUCGGGACUACGUGCAGCGCCAGGAGGCCCGGCUGGAGUGGGCCCUGGGGCUGCUGCAUGUGCUGCUCUCCUGCACCUUCCUGCUGGUCCUGCACGCGUCCUUCUCCUACAUGGACAGUUAUAACCAUGACAUUCGUUUUGACAACGUCUACAUCAGCACCUACUUCUGCCAGAUUGAUGACCGCAGGAGGAAGCUGGGCAAACGGACUCUGCUGCCACUCCACAAAGCUGAGGAGAAAACCGUCAUCUUCCCCUGCAAGCCCACCAUCCAGGCCUCAGAAAUGAGCAACGUGGUGAGGGAGCUCCUGGAGGCACUGCCCAUUCUGCUGCUGUUGGUGCUGCUGUGCGGCUUGGACUGGGCUCUCUACUCCAUCUUUGACACCAUCCGCCACCACUCCUUCCUGCAGUACUCAUUCCGCAGCAGUCAUAAAUUGGAGGUGAAGGUUGAGGGAGACUCCAUGCUAGCCCGGCUUCUUCGAAAAACCAUUGGGGCCCUGAAUACCUCCUCAGAGACAGUGAUGGAAUCAAACAACAUGCCCUGCCUGCCCCAGCCUGUGGGCCUGGAUGCCAGGGCCUACUGGAGAGCUGCACUACCGAUUGUCCUGCUGGUGUGGCUCAGCCUGUUACAGGCUUUUGGGUACCGGCUCCGGAGGGUCAUCGCAGCCUUCUACUUCCCCAAGGUUUGCCCUUCCCCAGACCUCUCCACCCCUACACACCUGCGCACACACAUCCUCAUACACACACCACACCCUGCACCCAGCUCCGGACCAACUCCCUCUUUGGGGGAUGCCUUCUUCUUCACUCUGUCACUAUCACUGACCCCUCCCUGCCCCCAGCGAGAGAAGAAGCGGAUCCUGUUCCUUUAUAAUGAGCUAUUGAAGAAGAGAGCAGCCUUCACCAAACUCAGGAGGGCCGCCAUCCUGAGGCGGGCGCGACAGCAGAAGGCUCCAGCUGGAAUGUAGUGGUAUGAUCUCGGCUCACUGCAACCUCUGCCUCUCCAGUUCAAGUGAUUCUCCUGUCUCAGCCUCCCAAGUAGCUGGGAUUACAGGUGAGUGCCACCACACCUAGCUAAUUUUUUUGUAUUUUUAGUUCAGACAGGGUUUCGCCAUGUUGGCCAGGCUGCUCUCGAACUCCUGACCUCAGGCGAUUUGCCUGUCUCAGCCUCCCAAAGUGCUAGGAUUACAGGCAUGAGCCAUAGCACCCAGCCAAGCCUGGUGAGUUCUGGUGAUGCAACACAUGCUGAGGGCCCCAGCCAUCCACCUCCUGAAGUCAGGGCUGUACCCAUUUCUGAACCCCAGGAUUCAGCCUAGCCUAAGACACUCAGUAGGCCAUUAGGAAGCAGGCAGCAAAGGAGAAUGAGCUUCAAUACAGUCUGCUCAUAGAAAAGCAAGAGGGCUACACAGAAACAGGAGGCCCAAGGCAAAACCAGAGGUUCUCCCGGAGGGCUGCAGACCAGAAGCUCAGUGCAGUUCGGAGGGGAGGUGGGCUGGGAGUCAGGAAGCCUCAUGGUAAGGCACAUGGAAUCUGAAGAAACACACUCCAGUUCACACUCCCUCAUUAAGUUGUGUCCCCUUGCCAAGGUCUUCACUGAGCCUCAGUUUCUCCCUCUGAAGAAUGGUGAGAUUGAAGAGAUCUGUAAGGCCUGCUCACUGGACAUCAGCCUAGAGUGGGGGUCAGGGGUGGGACUCCAGUGCCAGAGGGCCUGAGUGUGAAGCCCGGCUCCUUCCCUCAUUACUAUGACAAGUGUGUGACCUUGAGCACAUGACUUAACUGCUGUGCCAGGGCUUCUGCCUUCCAUAAAAUGGGGUUAACUACUCCAUCUGGUUGUCGUAAGGAUUAAAUGAGUUGGCUGGUCUUGGUGGCUCAUGCCUGUAAUCCCAGCACUUUGGGAGUCCAAGGCGGGUGGAUCGCCUGAGCUCAGGAGUUCAAGACCACCCAGGGCAACAUGGUGAAACCCCAUCUCUACUAAAAAUACCAAAAAAUUAACUGAGUGUGGUGGCACACGGCUCGAGUCCCAACUACUUGGGAGGCUGAGGCAGGAGAAUCGCUUGAGCCCCAGAGGCGAAGGUUGCAGUGAGCCGAGAUCAUGCCACUGCAUUCCAGCUUGGGCUACAGAGCAAGAGUCUCAAAAAAAAAAGAUGAAAUGAGUUGUAUUCACAUGGUCACGUUGCUGGCAUACAGCAGUUACAUAUGCAUGCAUGUUGUUACUGUGUGCCCCGGGCAGUGAUCACAUCUCCAAGCACCAGUUUUCUCACCUGAAAAAGACAUGGUGAUAAAAACAGUAUGGGCCUUAUACGAUAAUUGAAAAAAAUUUUUUUUUGACACUAAGUGUCGCUCUGUCACCUAGGCUGGAAUGCAGUCGUGCAAUCUUGGCUCACUACAACCUCCGCCUCCCCCAUUCAAGCGAUUCUCAUGCUUCAGCCUCCUGAGUAACUGGGAUUACAGGCGUGCACCACCACGCCCGGCUAAUUUAGAAUUGAAAUACAUUGCCGGGCGCGGUGGCUCAAGCCUGUAAUCCCAGCACUUUGGGAGGCCGAGGCGGGUGGAUCACGAGGUCAAGAGAUCGAGACCAUCCUGGUCAAAAUGGUGAAACCCCAUCUCUACUAAAAAUACAAAAAAUUAUCUGGGCACGGUGGUGCGUGCCUGUAAUCCCAGCUACUCAGGAGGCUGAGGCAGGAGAAUUGCCUGAACCCAGGAGGCGGAGGUUGUGGUGAGCCGAGAUCGCGCCAUUGCGCUCCAGCCUGGGUAACAAGAGCGAAACUCCGUCUCUAAAAAAAAAAAAAAAAAAAAAAAAAAAAGAAAUACAUUAUGCACAGUAUCUUAGUACAGGACUUGACAUUAUAAACAAUGAGUGGCAGCCAUUCUUAUUCAAUCAGUCCUAACAAAGUUCAUAAAAGUGACACUGUGUUUGCUUAGCUUUUUCCCUAGUGCUUGGAUACCUCCGGCCCUCAUGACACACAAUAGGGACCAAAUGAAUGUGUCAUGAAAAAAUGAAAAACAAUGGCCGGACACAGUGGCUCACACCUGUAAUCCCAGCAGUUUGAUAGGCUGAGGUGGGUCAACUACCUGAGGUUGGGAGUUCGAGACCAGCCUGACCAACACGGAGAAACCCAGUCUCUACUAAAAAUACAAAAUUAGCCAGGUGUGGUGGCACAUGCCUGUAAUACCAGCUACUCAGGAGGCUGAGGCAGGAGAAUCCCUUGAACCCGGGAGGCAGAGGUUGCAGUGAGCCGACAUUGUGCAAUUUCACUCCAGCCUGGGCAACAAGAUAGAAACUCUGUCUCAAAAAAAAAAAAGAAGGCAAAACGAAAAACAAAAAGGAACAUGCUGGGAUUCCUUGACAGGGUCCUGAAGCAAACUGAACGCGAAUACACAGAUGGAAAUCUGCAGGACAGUCGUUCCCAGCAGAAUGUGCAAAGACUCAGAGUCCAAAGGGAAUGGAAGUGCCAGGGCUAGUCUCAGGAGAAACUGGCACAGAAGAGACAGCAUUCAGGGAGGGCUACAGUGGGAAAGAGGCUAGAAAGGGACGAGAUGAUGGGAGGCUCUGAAGGCCAAACCCAGGAGUUCUGCCUGUCUGACAGGCAGUGGCGUCUCUGGAGUUUCUUGGGUAAAGAGUAGCAGCUUCCCAGGUAAGGGGGCCUGUGAAGAAUCCCUGACAAUUGUGUGGAUGUCAUGAGAGAUGGCAGGAAGGAUAGUGAACUAGACUUGGGGUUUGGAAUCAGGGCCCCUGGGGUCCAGCCAAGUCGGAUGGUUUACUAUCAAAAUGCCUUUGAGAGUCACUUCGCCUUCCCCAUCUGUAAAGUGGGGAUAGCAACAGUGACAGCCGAUCUGGCCUGCUCAGUCUCAGCCUCGCCGUGAGAACCAAAUAAGAUGAUUUACGGGAAAGUGCAAAUGAGAGUUGUGGCUAAUAUCCACCCGCAGAGAGCCUGGAGGGUGCAUCCUCCCAUUCUCCAUCAGAGUGGGGGAGGGAGACUCUCAGGACCCAUUUCCAUAGCACCCUGCCUGGCCUUCCAAGGGUUUCCUUUGCCCAACCCAGCCUCCUCCAACAUGCGGGCAUUGUCAGGCGUGGCGACUGCAGACAGGAAACGCUGUCCAAGUUCCCCUUCUUUCCCGCCUUGCUCCCCUGCUGGCGCUAACGCCCACCUCCCAAUAGCGCCAUCCGCUGGUGGAUAUCCUGCACCGCCAAUGCCCGCUCCUGCACCGCUGGCUGCGCCGGCGCUGCGUGGUAUGCCAGGCGCCCGAGACGCCGGAGUCCUACGUGUGCCCGACGCUGGACUGCGAGGCUGUGUACUGCUGGUCGUGCUGGGACGACAUGCGGCAGCGGUGCCCGGUCUGCACGCCCCGCGAGGAGCUCUCCUCCUCCGCCUUUAGUGACAGCGACGACGACACUGCCUACGCGGGGUGAAGAGGAGUCCUGCUCGCUCUCCCGCCCCGUCCUCCCCUGUUAAUAAAAUGCCCUGGACGCUU